AUGGACGAGGAAACGGAGCGGGCUUGGGAGCAUGGCGUGGAUGCGACCUGGGAGGCGGUGCAGGAGCGCAAGGAUGGCACAAUCUUGGUGGACAAGAUUGUCAAUGAGGAGCGGCGACUCCAACGCCGCAAGCGUCAACAUCAAGCAGCCAACGUGAAACGUGGCAUGUUGCGCGCGCUGCGCAAAGUAGCAGAGGUCGACGACGCGACGAAGGGUGAUGCAGACCCUACGCGGCCGCAGUAUUUCCCGAAAGGCAAGGUGUCGCUUCAGAAUACAUUGACUGCCUGUGCCAAACUGCUCAGGGAAACGACGCAACCGUCAGUUGCUUCCAGCCAAACAGGCCCCGUUGAGCCCGAUGAUGGUGCUCCCAAGACGCUGCGCGUCAAACUACAGGCCGAACCUGUCUGGCGAUCCUGUGCCGGAUGCCAGGACCAGAUGCCCACCGACAAGAUCACGGUUGUCGAGAGCAAUCGACUUGGGGUCGAUAACAAUGUCACCGACACCAUGCCCGAGGCGGCCGAGGUGCAACGCCAGCUCAAAGCCACCUUCCGCGAGCUCAACAUAGCGCCAGCCUCCCAGGCCAUGUUUCUGGCCCGCCCCUUGGAGGAGCAAUGGGAGCUCGUCUGCAAUCAUCGCGCAUCGGCAUGCCCAGCUGUGCAGGAAGACGACCCGCUGCAAGAUGCCGCCGAGCUCUUGCUAGCGCUUCGAGAGACACUGGAGGAGGAUGUUGAGGCCAACACGAUGAAGCGCCUGGAGCUGCUUGAUGUCUUGGCCGUGGCCCUGCGCACCAAGCCGCUCGCCUACGUUCACCGAUUUGUUGAUAUGCAGGGCCUCACCUUCCUGCUAGACCUUUUGGCUUGCCUCUCGCCAGAUGGCAGGUGUGUUUUGGUCAUUGUUCAAUCCUUGCUGGUUCCGGAGCUUCACAUGCGCCUGCAAAUCGUGCAAAUGCUGGGUGCCGUUUCUCUGAUCCCCGAAGGUCAUCGCAAGGUGCUGGAUGCGCUGACCCACUUUCAGAGCUAUGGCGGUGAGGUCUAUCGCUUCCAAACCAUACUGCAGCUUCUAGCCUGCAAGAGCCUACGAACGGCCGUCGACGUCGAGGUCAAGCUCAAGGUUUUGUCCUUGGUCAAUGCCCUCAUCUGUUGCGGUGCUGGCCGAGCCAGUCUCCGCUUCCGCGUGCAUCUUCGGCACGAGCUCGAGCGUCACGGCCUGCGGCGCGUCAUGAAGCAGUUGACCAACUACACCGAACACGAUGUUCUGCAGAAACACGUGCAAAUCUAUGCCGAUGUGGCUGCCGAUGACGAGGCUGAGCUCACUGCCCAAUUCAAAGCUCAGCCACAGGCGCAACUCAGUGUGUAUGACAACAUGUCCAUUGUUGCCGUGCUGAACGACCGUUUCAAACGAACCCCGGCCAGCGCGCCCUUCAACACUCUGCUGGCGCAUCUGCUGUUGCUGGCCCAAGGCACCGAUGAGGCUGUCUUGGACCAAGCCGCGUACCAAUUGCGUUAUUUGGCCACGGCGGCGGAGCAAUUGGCCCUGCGUGACAAUGGCGUUGAUCUGGAUCGUGCUCCCCUUGACUUUCACCGUGACGAGGUCAUUGCGCACUACGUCAAUUCGGAUACCGUUGAGGCGGCCACGCUCGAGCGCGAUCGUGCUGUUCAAGAGCGGGAGCAGUUUGCCCUGCGCAGCAAAAAGGCCGAGGACAAAGCGCACGAGGCCGAGACAGAGGCCAUUGAAUUGAAAAAGCAGCUCAACCGUCGCAUCACCAACCUGCGGCAGGAGAUUGACGACGAGCGCGCAGCCAAGAAGAAACUCUCAGCUCGCCUCGCAGCCACCGAGAGCCAAGUUACCGACCUCGAAGCACAGCUUUGCACCUCACGUGAGAAAAAUGCCGCCUUUGAGGCGCAAAUUCGACAACUGCACGCCAGCAUCGAGGCCUUGAAGCAGCAACAUGCUGCGGCGCAAGAAGCGUUCCAGGCAGCACGUCGCGUAUCACUGACCGACUCAGUCAACACUUCAGGUUCUGGCUGUCUGCUGGACAGUGGCGCCAAGAACAACGUAGCCAUGGCCGUUCCACCUCCCCCACCGCCACCACUACCGUCAAUGGGAGACACGUCCUCACCACAGGCUCUGCCAAGCAUUGCUGCGGCCAAGCCUCCGGCACCACCACCCCCGCCUCCCAUGCCUGGAAUGCCGGGUUCAUCAGGCGCGCCCCCGCCGCCACCCAUGCCUGGAAUGUCGGCACCACAACCUGCUGCCUUUUCACUGCCAACGCACGUGACGCCAGUGGCUAACAAGCAGCUCAAGUCAUUCAACUGGGUGAAAAUCCCCACGCAUCGCCUGCGCAGUUCAGUGUGGACGCAGAUUGACACUGAUCCCGUGUACCAGAGUCUCGAUCUUCCAGCCUUUGAGGAAAUGUUUGCUGCGGCUCAGCCUCUCUCGUCCACGCAAGAUGGCGACAAGGGAGGAGGCAAGGAGGAGCGCAAGCCCAAGGAGAUUUCGCUCGUGGAUGGUCGCCGCGCUCAAAAUUGCUCUAUUCUCCUGACACGGCUGAAAAUGAGUCCUCAAGCCUUGCGCCAUGUGGUCAUGUCCAUGGAUGCGGAGCAGCGCAUUUCGACGGAUCUAGUAGAGCAAAUGCUCAAAUACAUUCCCACAUCUGAGGAGAUUGCUCAGCUGACACCCUUUCAAGACAAGGCGUUUAUGUUUGCGCAGGCCGAUCGCUUCUUGUGGGAAAUGCAUCGCGUGCCGCGCUAUGAGCAGCGCCUCAAGUGUCUGGCUUACAUUCGGCGCUACCAUGAGCGCAUCGAUUCGUUGCAGCCUGAGAUUGAAGCUGUGCAGCAGGCUUCGCAACAGGUGGUGGCCAGCAAAGGCUUGGAAAGCAUCUUGGCCCUCUGGCUGGCACUGGGCAAUUACAUGAAUCGAGGGGCACGGGGCAAAGCGCACGCAUUUAAGCUGGAUAGCUUGCUCAAGCUGGCGGAUACGCGCUCCACCAGUCGGCGAGAUUACAACCUAAUGCAUUACGCCGUGCACUGCAUUGAUACUCAGAACGCCUUUGCUGAAGCGCGCGAGUUGGACACACAGCUGUCAAGCGUUGGCAGUGCAGCACGUGUCAACAUUGCACAGUUGGUCAUUGACUGUCAGGCCAUGAAGUCGGGAAUGGAGCUCUUGCAGCGUGAGCUGCAAUGGCAUCGUAAUCGUGACGAGUCUGCCGAUGAUGACGAAUUUAUCGAUGUUGUCAGCGCCUUUGAGCACCGGGCUGCGUCUCAGGUGGAGCAGCUCUUAGUACACCUGGACAAGAUGAAUGCUGCAUUUACGCGGGCCUGCAAGCAAUUUGUGUACGAUGCCGCCAAGCCUAGCACCGAAGAAUUCUUUGGCGUGUUCCGCACCCUGCUUGAACGUUUGCAACAGAGCCGGGUGGAGCUGCGAAAGAUUGAAAAGCGCGAGGAGGAAGAGCAACGGAAGGCUGAAGAGGCCGCCGCACACCAGCAUGCCAUGUCCAGCUCAACUGGACCCGCCGGCACCAUUCAAGAUGCACAUUCGGCCAACCUGGAACAACUCAUUUCCACGCUGACGACGGGCGAAUUCGUGUCGCCAUCACAGUUUCGCAAAGCAGCAGCAGGGGCCGACGGACCGCCACGACGCCGCAAGUCAGGUUCACCGGUUUCACGCAAGCGUGGCACGCGAGUAACCAGCUUGCUGCUGGAAGACCUAUGA